GGGCAGCGUAUCUACUCUAGAUGAAGCACACUGCACCGGAGACCGUUUCAAACAUACUACCUUUAGACAAAAGUCUCAUUGACCACAGAUCUUAUCGUUACUUUCAACUUGAAAAUGGUCUGAAGGUUAUAGUGAUAUCCAGUCUCAAACCUGGUGAGGAGCCUGUGGAUGAGUCCUCUUCCGAAGAUGAUUCUGUGGAUGACUCCAAUGAAUGUGAUAGUGAAACCGGAGGCUUCGAAACAGAUAGCAAGGCUGACACAGCCCCUGAGAAUAAGUCGGCGGCCGCGCUCUGCAUUCAAGUCGGGAGCUUCUAUGACCCUCCUGAGGCCCAGGGACUGUCUCAUUUUCUGGAACACAUGGUUUUCAUGGGUAGUGAGAAAUACCCGACGGAAAACGACUUUUGCGCCUAUUUGUCCCAGCGCGGAGGUCAGAGCAAUGCAUGGACGGGAAAUGAGUUCACCAUGUUCCACUUCGACGUUAAACGAAAGCACUUCGCCAAAAGCCUCGAUCGUUUUGCGCAUUUUUUCAUCUCCCCAUUACUACGAAAGGAUAGCACGGAUCGCGAACUCUCUGCCGUUCAUAGUGAAUAUGAACUUAGCUACGCUCGCGAUUCCAGCCGUCUCGAAUUUUUCAUCGGUUCACUUGCCCGUCCCUCAUCUCCAUACCGCCUGUUUGGAAUUGGUAACAUGCGGUCUUUGAAGUUCAUUCCUGAAGAACAUGACACUGAUAUUUAUUCUUUACUACAAGCCCAUCGAAAAUCCAUGUACUCUUCGCAUCGCAUGACCCUCGCUGUUCACUCGAAAGAUACUCUGGACGAUAUGGAAUCCUUGGUGCGAAAUCUUUUCUCCUCAGUUCCCAACAGCAAUGUCCCACCACUGGAUUUCUCCCGUUUUUCCGAUUCCUUUGAUACGCCCUCUUUCACCAAGUUUUACCGAGUCUGCCCGCUUGGCGACCGGGAGAAGUUGCGAGUUAUUUGGGCACUGCCUCCGAUACGGCAUGCGUACGAGUCUUGUCCAAUGAGUAUUGUGUCCUCACUCGUUGGUCAUGAAGGAAAGGGGAGUGUAUUGGCUUUUUUAAAAGAAAAAAAUCUGGCAGUGGCGCUCGCGUGCGGGUUUUCGCCCUCCUCGGAUUUCGAAUGUUCCAGCAUCUGUACAUUGUUUAUCGUGUACAUCACGUUGACAGAAGAGGGUGUGGACAACAUCAACGAAGUGUGCCGCAUUUUAUUCGAUUACAUGAAAAUGCUGCUUCGAGAGUGCGAGAGGGCGGUUACUGCACAGGACGAAUCCCCAGUUUCCAAUCCAGAAAAUCCGCACCAACGCAUCUUGCACACAUUCGAUUCCUAUUUGUCGGAAUAUCGGAUCACGCGCAAGGCUGCCUUCAGUUACAGCGAGCCCGAGGGACCGGAAGAAACCUCGGUUCAUGUGGCAAAUCUAAUGCAGUUGGUCCCUCCGGAACAAGUCUUCUCCGCCUACCGUGUGCUGAAAAAGGUGGAUUUACCACUCUACCUCCAGCUUUUACGCUACUUCACACCUGAUCGGGCCUCUAUCAUUCUACUUUCUGGGAAUUUCGCAUCGUCCCUUGCACCAGAUACGCAGCUGGAAGUAGAGCCGUGGUACAAGAUAAGAUACAAAGCAGAGGAUAUUUCGAGCGCCCUGAUGCAAAUGUGGAACGCGUCUUCACCUAGCGAAGAUCUUCACCUUCCGUAUAGAAAUAAAUUUUUGACGACCAACUUCAACCUUCUUCCCGCCGAUGGGGAUAUGAAAGCCCCCGUGGAUUUGAAUUCACAACCUGGCGGCGAGUGCAGAUUUCGUUUCGGCCAUCUGUGGUUCCAGCGAAGCACUCGAUUCAAGAGUCCAAAGGCGUUCAUCGCCGUGCACUUUUGGUCACCCUAUGUCAUGAAAUCCGCACAAAAUGUGGCGCUCCAUCUAAUCCUCAACUAUACUCUGAACCAAACUUUGAGUACCUUAGCCUACGAAGGCGAAGAGGCUAACUUGAACUAUACCCUUGAGUACGCCGAGAGUGGAACGAAACUAUGUUUGCAUGGUUUCAAUGAGAAGUUAAUUUACUUUUACACCACAAUUUUGGACCAUAUCAUUUCGGAUGCUCCAGAGUCGUCUGCUGUUCAUUUUGAAUCCUACAAGGAGGCGGUCAGACAGCUUUUCUUCAAUGAGGCACUGAAGCCUCGAUCCUUGAACACGAAUUUGCAAGUUUUCCUUCUCCAGAAGAACACUUAUUUGUACGAUGAACUGUUACUUGCUCUUCAAGAUGUUUCAAUGGAUGAUCUAAUCUCCUACAAACGGAAGUUUUUCUCUCAAACUAGAAUAACAGCCUACGUGCACGGCAAUUUAACCGCUGAGGAUGCCAUUGGCCUCUUCGAGUAUACUACUCAAAAGAUCGAUUGCAUCCCGCUUCCUCGCCGUGAAUUUUCUGCCAUUGCCUCCCUCGCACCAGGAACUUAUCUUUUGCGGGUGAUGAAUUGCAACCCGGCUGACUUGAAUCAGUGCAUAGCACAUGUGCAUCUCCUCGGUCGCACCGGCUUGAAACGCAACACUUACAAUCAGUUGCUCGCGUAUCUUCUCACGGAGCCCGCUUUUGAUUACCUACGCACCAAAGAAACUCUGGGCUAUCACGUGUAUCUGCGAUGCUGGCGCUCCUCACCUGGUGGAUCUCAGCGUGCCGGAAUCUCUUUGGUUGCUUGUAGUCAAGCCAAUCAGUUUUCAGUCAACCACGUGUCUGGCCGGAUGUCUGCGUUUUGGUACCGCAUAGCCCCACGCAUUCUGGCUGCGUUGUCUCCCGAGGGUUUCCAAACCGCAGUGGACUCUUUGAUAACCGUCAAACAGUUGGAGGACCCAAACAUGGUGACUGAGAUCGAGCGAAACUGGGGUGAGAUCCUCACGGGCGAAAACAUGUUCAACCGACGGGAGGCCAGUGUGGGCGUUUUGAAGACGGUCAAGAAAGAAGAUCUAGUCGACUUUUUCAUCAAAGAGUACCUGGAACCUGCCAACCGUAAAUCGCUUGUGAUACAGGUUGAUGCUCCUUCUAAACCCGAUACCACCUAUGUGAUACCACCAAAAUCGUACUCCUUGGAAAUACAACAGAUACGCAUAAUUGAUGAACAGAAAUCAGAAGAACAACGAAGCUCCGAAGAUGUCGACGUGCCUUGUGCGCUCGGUUCAUGCGGUUUUGAUGACAAGACAGCCUCCGAGUUCCUUCAAAGCCAUGGUCUCGAUUUAUCCAAAACUGAAUACCUCCCUGUCAUAUCGGAAUCCAUCUGUAUUGAUGAUAUGCGGAGUUUCCGCGGCGCCCUUAAAUACGACUGCGGCCUUGUUGUUUGAAAACAUCUUCUGAAUGCAACCCUAUUCAUGUUUUUGACUUUUCCAAAGUCACUUCUGUUUUCCAAAACAAUCAUGGUGAAAUUGUUCAACAAUUGCAUUACAAAUUGCAUCUUCGACAGACCUUUUUCUGCUCUUCGUUUCCAUCUUACCAGUACUCGCGCGCUAAUUAUUGACGGUGCCACUGGUGCAGUGUUAUUGUGGUAGUAUUGGUUGCACGAAGCGUAUUCUCAGUGUUGUGGGUAAUUGUCUAUCCUAUUCUGGCCGCAUUGGUAAAACCCUUAUUCUCAUCGGCUGCUUGAACUUACAUCCUACCAAUCAGCGCUGAUGCACUUUAAGCUUCAGCUCACUGAUGUGCCGGUUAUCCUGUCUUAUUUUCUGCUGCAGUUAGAGCACACGAAAGGCGUGUCGAUUCAUGACUUUUCCUCAUCUUCAUGCCCUCCUUCAGAAUACAAAAUGUUUCUCACAUGCUAGAUUUUGUUAUUUGCUCUGAUUUUCAUACACGGUUGUUG